GCUCAGUCGUUUCCUGUAGCGGAAGUACCUAGCGUAGCAAUUAGCCUAGCUUCCUUUUCCUGUCGCUGUGGCCGAGGACCACAACGUGUCCUGUCGAAAUGGCACUGUACAACUUCAAGAAGAUUAUGGUGGUUCCCACCGCCAAGGAAUUCAUCGACAUCACUUUAUCCAAAACGCAACGAAAGACGCCCACGGUGGUACAUAAGCACUACCAGAUCCAUCGCAUCCGCCACUUUUACAUGCGCAAAGUCAAGUUUACGCAGCAGAACUACCACGACCGCCUGGCGCAGAUAAUCACUGACUUCCCCAAACUGGACGACAUCCAUCCCUUCUACGCUGACCUGAUGAAUGUGCUUUACGACAAGGACCAUUACAAGCUGGCCUUGGGUCAGAUCAACAUUGCCAAGAAUUUGAUUGACAACGUGGCUAAAGACUACGUGCGCCUGAUGAAGUACGGCGACUCUCUUUACCGAUGCAAGCAGCUGAAGCGAGCCGCUCUGGGUCGCAUGUGCACCAUCUUGAAGCGACAGAAGUCCAGCCUGGAGUAUCUGGAGCAAGUUCGUCAGCAUCUGUCCCGGUUGCCCAGCAUCGACCCCAACACUCGGACGCUGCUGCUCUGCGGCUACCCCAAUGUGGGCAAGUCCAGUUUUAUCAACAAAGUGACACGAGCGGACGUGGACGUGCAGCCCUACGCCUUCACCACCAAGUCGCUCUUUGUGGGCCACAUGGAUUACAGAUACCUGCGCUGGCAGGUGGUGGACACUCCCGGGAUCCUGGACCACCCCCUGGAGGAGCGCAACACCAUCGAGAUGCAGGCCAUCACAGCCCUGGCGCACCUGCGGGCAGCGGUGCUCUACAUGGCUGACGCGUCGGAGCAGUGCGGACACUCGCUGGCCCAGCAGAUGGACCUCUUCAACAAUAUCCGACCGCUUUUUGCCAACAAGCCACUCAUCAUGGUGGCCAACAAAUGUGACGUGAAGAAGAUCAGCGAGCUCUCCGAGGACAACCAGAAACUGUUUGCAGACUUGUCGACGGAGGGCAUCCCCGUCAUCGAGACCAGCACGCUGACGGACGAGGGCGUCAUCCAGGUCAAGAAUGAGGCCUGCGACCGUCUCCUGGCCCAGCGCGUGGACAGCAAGAUGAGGGGCAAGAAGGUCCACGACGUCCUCAACAGGCUGCACCUGGCCCUGCCCGCCAAGAGAGACAACAAGGAGAGGCCGCCGUUCAUCCCGGAGAAAGCGUUGAUGCGCAGGCGAGCCAUGGAAGUGGACGCGCCCAAGCGCAAGCUGGAGAAAGAUCUGGAGAUGGAGAUGGGAGACGACUACGUGCUGGACCUUCAGAAGUACUGGGACCUGAUGAAUGACGACGAGAAGCAUGACAAGAUCCCUGAGGUGUGGGAAGGCCACAACAUCGCUGACUACAUCGACCCCGACAUUAUGAAGAAAUUGGAGGACCUGGAGAAGGAAGAGGAGCUGAAAGAGCGCGCCGGCGAGUACGACUCUGACGACGAGAGCGAGGGCGAGGAGAUGCGCGAGAUCCGCGUCCUGGCAAAGCAGAUCCGCCACAAGAGGCACCUCAUGGUAUUGCAGUCCAAAGAGAAGGACGUCCAUGGGCCGCGCAUGCCCAGGACCGUCACCAAGGUUGAGCGAAAGAAGUUGGAGAAGGAGUUGGGUGACCUCGGCCUGGACAUGAGCGACAAAAACAAUAGUCACUACGCCCAGAAAGCCCGCCAGUCCCGGAGCGUCACCCGCAAACGAAAGCGCGAGGAUUCGGUCACCCUGACGGUUUCCCAGACACGCAGCCAGAGUGCCUCUCGACCUCCUCGAGACCAAUCUGGACUACGGGACGCAAAGAUGAUGAAGAACUCCCAGAAGGGCAUGAACCGCCAGGGCAAGAAGGGCGAGGCGGACCGACACGUCUUUGACCUGAAACCCAAACACCUGCUGUCGGGAAAGAGGAAGUCGGGAAACACCAACCGCAGAUGAACCGGAAGACUGAGUCUGUCUGGACUCUCGCGACAUGUGUAGGAGAGAGAUGCUUCCACCCAGCUAUGCUUGGAAUCAACACCAUACCCAAAUCAGAAAAUGCUUAUUUCCUUCCUUGUCCAAAAUUUAAGUCAAUUGAUGCUUUUGUGAUUUGUUGUUCCAACCCUAAAACAAACACCUUGUGUGGGAAAUAGCCAAGGAAAUAGUUUAACAAAAGUACAAAGAAGCGCAGAAGCAGAAUUGUGUCUGAGAUAGCCAAAUGGUUAAAGCUUUUUCCUUGAGUUCAGGAGACUCGGGUUUGAAUCUUGGUCAUCGCUCUGUUUCAUGUGUAAAUGUUUGACAGAGCGGGUGUCGGACCUGGUCGACUGUGUACCAGGCGAAGUGUUAUACCAUUUGGCCACAUUGCCAUGAAAUUUUGAUUUUUAAUGUAUUUAAGGUAUAUGGGUCGACUGAUUACAAAUACAGAAAACUGCUGCAUCUUUUUAAGCUCCAGAGAUGGUCUUGUGGUAAAAGCUUUUCCCUUGAGUUCAGGAGAACCAAGUACAAAUGUCACGCAUGCCUUUGUGUAAUAUGUAUGUAAUAUGUAUGUUUUCACGGGGCGGGACUCAAACCCGACUCUCCUGUAUUCCAGAACAAUAUUAUUCUUUUCAGCCACCUUGGCACAGAAAAUAUUUUUUUUUGGGAUGGUCAUUCAAUGCACCUGAAAGGUAUAAGCUGUAUUUCCAUGCAGCCCUUCAUGCAAUUGCAUAAAUAAAUAAAAUGCAAUUGGGGACAUUG